UUGAGUAUUCCACCAAGAUAGAUCAGUUUUCACAUAGAGUUGGCCUUUCAUAGGGUUACACUAUAGAAGCAAUAUACUUUAAGUAUAUCUAUGUAUGUAUAUAUAUGUAUGCAUGCAUACAGAAUGAGUCUCACUUUUGUGUUAUUUUCGUUCGUAAACUAGAAUGGAAGACGCACAAAGAGGACGCGGUAGGGGACGAGGACGUGGUCGUGGUCGUGGUCGCGGACGCGGCAGAGGAUUUAUCCCUGAAGAGCCAAUCCAACAAGUAGCACCAAAUCGUACUGCUGAAGAGAAGUUCCGCAAGGAAAAACCUCCAACAUUUGACGGGCUGGGCGACCCAACAGACGCCGAAAAGUGGAUUAGGGCCAUAGAGCGUAUCUUUAACUACAUCCGUUGCGAGGACGAAGACAAAGUAACUUGUGCAACCUACCAACUGGUGGAUGAAGCCGACUUCUGGUGGGAAUCUGUGAGGCGCACAAUGACUGAGGAACAGUGGGAAAAUUUCACUUGGAAAGAUUUCAAGACUGAAUUAUACGAGAAGUACAUACCGGGAUGCUAUAGACAGAAGAAGCAGAAUGAGUUCUGGAAUCUGAAGCAGAGGGCUGGGACAGUUACUGAGUACGAUAGAGCCUUCAAUCAGCUAUCAAGAUAUGCUCCGACGCUGGUGGACACUGAUGAGAAACGUGCAGAAAAAUUUAGGAAUGGACUGCGCCAUGAGAUAUCAAUCUCCCUAGCAAGCCAGGGAGGUCUCACCUACGCACAAACUUUGAGCAGGGCUCUUACCAUUGAGUCAUUGCUACCAAAAGAAAAAGGGAAAGCUCCGGGACAGUCUGGAUUUGUACCACCUCAAGAUGGUGGUAAAGGAAAAAGAAAGUGGAACGAGGGAACUGGAGGAAACCCUGGAAAUGGAAAUGGGAAGAAACCAUGGGUUGCUAACCAAAAUCAGAAUCAGCGUCAGAACCAACAGCCGCAAGCAAUGGGACGACCACUUUGCCCAAAGUGUCAGCGACCUCAUUCAGGGGAAUACCUGAAAGGAAUGAAUAUAUGCUAUAGAUGUGGGGAAACUGGGCACUAUGCUUCAGUAUGUCCGAAGAAGAACGGAGGAGCACCUCAACAGCAAAACCCCAGAAAUCAACAGCGACAAAAUCAGGGUCCUGGAGGACAACGGGGACAGCCACAGAAUGCUAGGGCCUAUGCCCUUAACCAAAAACAAGCAGCGGGAAACCAAGGAAACUUGGCAGGUUAAUGGCUGGUGAUGACGGGGCAGAGCUGAGGCUAGAGUUCAACUCCUUAUUUUAAUUUCCGCUGCAGAACUAGCCAGUAUCUGUCUUUUGUUCCUUAACUUAAGACCUAUUAUGUUGUGAUUCUAAAAACAAUAUCUUUUGUUGAACCUAGACUAUUAACUCUCAAAUAUUUUGAUCAGUGAUUGUUGGUUAUCUGAA